AUGAAGUCUUUUUUCACCCGGUCGCUGGCUCUUCUGGCCCUUGCCCAGUCUGCGUUUGGGCGUGCCACUCCUCGUAUGGAGGACUUGGCUUCCACUGACCUUUCCACGCGUGCAACUGGAUCCAUCAAUGCUGUCUACUUUACCAACUGGGGCAUCUACGGACGCAACUUCCAGCCUGCGGAUCUUCAAGCUUCAAAAAUUUCGCAUGUGCUCUAUUCUUUCAUGAACCUCCGAGCAGAUGGCACGGUUUACUCGGGUGACACCUACGCCGACUUGGAGAAGCAUUACUCUGACGACUCAUGGAAUGAUAUCGGAACAAAUGCCUAUGGCUGUGUCAAGCAGCUCUACAAGCUCAAGAAGGCAAAUCGCUCGCUCAAGAUCAUGCUGUCCAUUGGUGGCUGGACUUGGUCGACCAACUUUCCCGCUGCUGCCUCCACCGAGGCUACCCGUGCUACAUUUGCCAAGACCGCUGUUGAAUUCAUGAAGGAUUGGGGCUUUGACGGCAUUGACGUCGACUGGGAGUACCCCGCCAGUGAGACUGAAGCCAAUAACAUGGUCCUCCUUCUUCAGCGAGUUCGCCAGGAGCUCGACUCGUACUCCGCAACAUAUGCUAAUGGUUAUCACUUCCAACUCUCCAUUGCCGCUCCCGCAGGACCUAGCCAUUACAACGUUCUUAAGCUAGCCCAGCUCGGUUCCGUCCUCGACAACAUCAACCUCAUGGCCUACGACUAUGCAGGUUCCUGGGACAGUGUCAGCGGUCAUCAAGCCAACCUGUAUCCUAGCACAUCAAACCCCAGCUCAACUCCAUUCAGCACCAAGGCUGCGGUCGACGCAUACAUCGCAGCUGGCGUCCCUGCAAGCAAGAUCAUUCUGGGUAUGCCCAUCUACGGCAGAGCUUUUGUGGGAACCGAUGGACCAGGCAAGCCCUACUCCACUAUCGGCGAAGGCAGCUGGGAGAGCGGAAUCUGGGACUACAAAGUCCUUCCCAAGGCCGGCGCUACCGUGAUUACCGACUCAGCGGCCGGUGCUACCUACAGCUACGACUCCAGCAGCAGGACCAUGAUCUCAUACGAUACCCCCGAUAUGGUCCGCACAAAGGUCUCAUAUGCUAAGGGUCUCGGACUCGGAGGCAGCAUGUUCUGGGAGGCAUCGGCCGACAAGACUGGCUCUGACUCACUUAUCAGCACUGCCCUCAGCAGCAUGGGUAGCCUUGACAGCACCCAGAACUGCCUCAGCUACCCCAACUCGAAGUUCGACAACAUCAAGAACAACCUCUCUUGA